AUCUCUCUCUCUCUCUCUCAGCUCAAAACUAAUUGGGAUACUCAUAUCAGUGUCCAUGGCCUUCUUUUGUGCAUCCUCUUCUCCCUUCAAACCUCAAAAUGGUUUCAAAAAUAUCCAAAAUACUGAAAAGAUUACUUACCUUAUCGAUGAUACUUGUAUGCAAAAGGCACAAGGAAGCAGCACUGCCCAAGAUCAAGCCAUCAAUUAUUUUCCCACGGAAGACUACAAUUUUCUUCCAGAAUAUCACAGUUCCACGGAUGAUUUUUAUGUUGAAUACUUGCAAAAACUAAAGAAAUUCAAAAAUAUACUGAGCAAGUUAGUUGAAGUUCCUUUCGAAGGUUUGAACAUGGUUGAUGCAAUCCUGCGCUUGGGAAUUGAGUACCACUUCCAAGAGGAGAUUGAAACAAUCCUAAAAAGGCAGUAUAUGAUUUUUAGCGGUCAUGCAGGUCAUGAUCAUGAUCUUUAUGAGGCUGCACUGCGUUUUCGAUUAUUGAGACAAAAUGGCUAUCAUGUUUCUGCAGAUGUGUUUAACAAAUUCAAGAACAAAGAAGGAAACUUUAACUUGGAGUUAGGUGAAAACAUAAGUGGAUUGAUGGAAUUAUAUGAUGCGUCAGAGGUAAGCAUCAAUGAGGAAGACUUACUUGAUGAAGCUAAAGACUUCAGUCGCCAUCUUCUCGAAGCAAACAUCAAAAAUCUUGAUCACCAACAAGCUAGAUUCAUUCUAAACACAUUGGAGCAUCCCUAUCAUAAGAGUUUGCCAAGGUUCAUGGCUAAGGGCCUCCUUGACAAUUUCGAAGGGGCAAGGGGUUGGGUAAAACAUUUACAAGAACUAGCAAAGAUGGACUUCAAAAUGGUCCAGUCCAUACACCAACUGGAACUUCUUCAAAUUUUCAAAUGGUGGAAAGGCUUAGGUCUGGCUAAAAAGUUGAACUUUGCGAGAAAUCAACCACUUAAAUGGUACAUGUGGACAGCGGCUUGCCUCACAGAUCCAAGCCUGACAUAUCAAAGGGUUGAGCUCACAAAACCUAUAGCUAUGGUUUACGUGAUAGACGACAUGUUUGAUGUUUACGGAACACUAGAUGAACUCACUCUCUUCACAAAUGCGGUGAAUCGAUGGGAAUUAUCAGCAACUGAGAAACUACCAGACUCUUUGAAGAUAUGUUUCGUGGCUCUUUAUGACAUUACCAAUGAAAUCAGCUACAAGGUCUACCAAAGGACCGGAUGGAACCCUAUAGGCUCCCUAAAAAAAGCGUGGGCCAGAUUGUGUAAUGCCUUCCUAUUAGAAGCACAAUGGUUUGCUUCUGGGAACAUGCCAAAGGCAGAGGAGUACAUGAAGAAUGCACAUGUGAGUACAGGAUUGCAUGUGGUGCUAGUUCACAUGUUCUUUCUCUUGGGUGAGGGAAUUAGCAAGGAUACUGUUGAUCUUCUGGACAGCAAUCCCAGCAUUACAUCUUCCAUAGCCACAAUUCUUCGACUCUGGGAUGACCUCGGAAAUGCCCAGGAUGAGGAUCAAAAUGGUCAUGAUGGAUCCUAUAUUGAGUGCUACAGGAAAGAACAUCAAGGCUGUUCAGUUGAAGAUGCAAAAAGUCAUGUUAUUAAAAUGAUUUCAAAUGCAUGGAAGCAACUCAACAAGGAUUGCCUUAACCCAAAUCCAUUUCCAGCGUCUUUUAUAAAGGCUUCUCUUAAUGCUGCAAGGAUGGUUCCUUUGAUGUACAGUUAUGACGAGAAACAUCGCCUUCCAAGUCUGGAGGAGCACAUGAAGUCACUGAUCUUUAAAAGUGUUCCCUAUAAGAAAAUGUAAACAAAUUAGACUUUUGGGUUUCAUAACGUAUUACGCUUUGGUAAUGUAAUAACCAAUGGAAGAUGUGAGGAGGCUUAAACAAUUUAGCAAUAUUUCAGCUUCUUGCACUAGCAUUUCCUUAAAAUUUAAGUGCUAAAUAAAUUUUCAAAUUUCCUGAAUAAUAUGUAACCAAAUCCACUAUGAAGAUUGUUGCAAUAUAUAUGUAAAGAGACACUAUAGCCUAGUUUUCCUCUCUU